GUACGAUGCAGACAAGGUUGUCCCAAUUGUUUGGCAAUCUAGCGACGAAAAAUGGAUUUUGUCACGAGCAGCCGAGUCCGAGAAUUGCAAGCUGUCCUAUUUCCUAUUCAACCAAUUUCCGGCAGCAUUUUAACGAAUCAAUGUCUACAAAAUCAGUUUGGAAAUUAUCGAAGGGACAUCGAUUCGGUACUUUCGUUAACACCAGGAAUAGUCAGAUUUCGCGAAACAAAAGAAACGUUUCAAUCAAUUAUCGAUACGAGUCUGAUCAACGUCGAUGGAAUCAAUCAAGAGGCACGAUGGCCCACUGAAUGUCAGGUGAUUCCAGAACGAGUGCGUCAUAUAGAAUUCACACCUGCAACCCCAGAACCUUAUUACGUACCUACAGGCAAGGAACCAAAACCAAAAUUAAUAGGAGAAGAAAGUGGAACAGUUAUUUUUCGAUAUUCUCCCACAAGUGCAACAAAUUACUUCAGUAGAUCAUGCUUCGGGGGUAGCACAGUUCUCUCUCAUUCUUUGGACUCAAUUUUAAAUCCUCUGGAACUUGAGGAAAAGGAAGAAGCGAUUAGUACAGAUUUAAAUUUUGAAUCGAGAUUCGAGUCCGGAAAUUUGGCAAAAGUUAUUAAAAUCACUGACACUUAUUAUCAAUUACAUUUGAGAAGGGAUCUUUACACUCAACGACAUAUGCAAUGGUUUUAUUUUCGAAUUUCAAACACAAAAAGUGGAACAAUGUACAGAUUGUCGAUUGUAAAUUUUUGCAAAGAGGCUAGUCUUUAUAACGAAGGGCUUAAACCUUUGAUAUAUUCAACAAAAGAUGCAAAUUUGCAUUCCAUUGGAUGGAGAAGAUGUGGGGAUAACAUUACCUAUUAUAAAAAUGAUUCAUCAGAUGAAGAGAAGGAUCGACAUACACUUACUUUCAAUAUUUACUUUCCCCACGACAAAGAUACUGUAUAUUUAGCACAUUGUUAUCCUUAUACUUAUUCUGAUUUACAGGAGUAUUUAUCCGGAAUAGCUUCAAAUCCGGCAAAAACUAGAUACACGAAACUACGUCUCCUGUGUCGAACUCUGGCAGGAAAUGGAGUUUAUUACCUGACAAUUACCGCACCUGCAUUUAAUGAGGAAUCAAAAAAGAAAAAGGGAGUUGUUAUUACCGCUCGUGUUCAUCCCGGGGAAACCCCAUCAAGUUGGAUGAUGAAAGGAAUCAUUGACUUUUUAACUGGUGACUCCACUCAAGCCAAGGAACUGCGGGAGAGAUUUAUUUUUAAAUUAGUCCCAAUGUUGAAUCCUGAUGGAGUAAUUGUCGGCAACAAUAGAUGUUCAUUAUCGGGGAAGGAUUUAAAUCGUCAAUAUCGAACAGUGAUGCGCGAGAGUUAUCCAUCAGUAUGGCACACAAAGUUAAUGAUACGUAGAUUAAUGGAGGAAUGUGGAAUAGCAAUGUAUUGUGAUCUUCAUUCUCAUUCGCGAAAACACAAUAUAUUCAUUUACGGCUGUGAAAGUAAACGAGCUGGAUGUUAUGGAAAAUUGACUGAACAAGUUUUUCCCUUGAUGCUACACAAGAAUGCCGCAGAUAAGUUCUCUUUCGAGAAUUGCAAAUUUCAUAUUGAGAAAGGAAAAGAGGGAACUGGAAGGGUUGUCGUUUGGUUAAUGGGAGUGCCAAAUAGUUACACAAUGGAGGCAUCAAUGGGAGGUUCGGAAAUUGGUUCUCGAGCUGGUACACAUUUUUCAUCUCAAGACUAUGAACAAAUUGGAAAAGCAUUUUGUGAAACUCUGCUAGACUUUUCCGAUGAUGAUCCAAGCAAGGAAAAACUUAGAAACAAAAUUAUUGCUAGACUUUUGAAAGAGGGUUCGAGUGCUGACGAGCCGACUAAUAUUAAUCUCACUGAUUAUUCCAGUGCCGAGGGUGACACAUCAGAAAGUUCGUCUGAGGAAAUAAUGGAAAAAAUGGACUUAACUCAAAUAGAAAGUGACGACAAUUGCCAAUUUUUAUCAGUGCCACCACCAUCGCCACUUGACGAUAGACUGAAUUUUGCCCGAAGAUUGAGAAAAUCAAGAAAAAAUAAUCAAAGAAAUACUCGCAUGCGACAAAAGAAAACGUUAAACAAAACUGCCAUGGAUUUGCCAACCACCGAUCCCGGUAGUGACCUCUGUGAUCUCACGGAUUCUGCUGACGAAAAUUAUCUUCAGUCUCUGACAUUAAGAACUGAAAAAGAAAAAGAAUUUUCGAAAAGCCUCAAGUGUUUUAAGAAAAAAACCAAAUUUCUCGAACGUGAUGUGCCACGAGAACAAAUUGAAUUAUUAUCUCUGCCAACAAUAAUUCGUCAACGUAGUUUAUCAUUAGGUGAAGAACUCAUGAAUACAUCGUUUUUUCAUGAGAGAAGAUUUUAUGCACGUCAAACGCUAUCACGUAAUUUGAAAAAUUUAUCUCCAAUUUUACCAAGACGUCCGGACAUGUCAUUCAAAUUAACAACGUUGAGGCAACAAAUUUGGACUGGAGUCAAUUUUGAAAAUACAAAUAAAGACAGAAAUGGAAUUUCAUAUCCCAGAAGUCCUCUCAGUUGGGGAAUAUCAAAUAUGGCUCAUCGUGGAUAUCAAACUGAUAGCGAAGCAUUGCUCAAGUCCUGCUCAAAAAAACUCGAGGCCUUGAAUUACAUUCCAAAAACGGAAGCAAAAAAAUUAAAGAAGAAGGCUACGAAGAAAACAACGCAAAUAAAUAUUCGUAUUGAUGAACCACCAGAUGACGAAUCACUAUUGAAAUCAUCAAAGAAACGUCGAUCACGUUUAAAGAGACAAAAUAAUGUAAAUACAAGUACCUCCCAUACGGAAGUGAUACAAAAUGUCUCAUCAAGAUUUAGAGAUGAUCCAUUAAAAUUGUUUACUAUAACUAAGAAUCAAAAAUCUCAACAAAUAAAGCAAAAAAGUGAAACGAGAAAGAAACCACGAAAAAGUGGAAUGAAUACAACUGGGGCAGUAGUAAUUAAAAGAAAAACAAAACCAAUUAUUGAUUCUUAUGGGGAUUCUUCGUCCAGUUCAGAGGACACUCCAAUUGUGAGAACAAAAAUUCUAAAGAAAAAGAAAAGUACAACGGGAAAGAAGCGUUCUUUUGUUUCCGAUACAAAGAGAAAUUAAGGCGUCAUUUUUUUUAAAUCCUGCCUUGCUAUUUGGCUGCCUUUGGGGAAAUUGAAUUUGACCUGUAAAUAUAAUUAUUUUAAAAUUGUAUAUAUAUACUCUGAUAUUUUCCAAUAUAACUUCUUAGGAAUAAAAAAGAUCACACAC